UUUCUGAGGUCGCCAUUUUCUUAUUUUCUGGGUUGCUAGUUGUGAAACUCUUUUCGAAAAGUGCCUGACAUUACGAGUGAAUUGGGUGUUUUUUAUUAAUUAUAUUCGAAGUACGAUUAAUCUUCGAUAAGUGUCUAGUAAUUUAUUCGAUUGUUGCUUUAUGUCAGCAGAGUAUUGCUUAUAAAAAUGGUAAAGAACGAUUCUAAGCGCGAGCCUGAGUAUCUUCGGAAGCUGUUUAUCGGCGGAUUAGAUUUCAGAACCACCGAUGAUACGCUGAAGACUUACUACGAGAAAUGGGGCGAAUUAGUCGACGUUGUUGUCAUGAAAGAUCCGAACACGAAAAGAUCUCGUGGUUUCGGUUUCGUGACGUAUUCGUCAUCGAGUAUGGUCGACGAAGCUCAAUCCAACCGACCUCACGUUAUCGACGGUAGAACGGUUGAACCGAAACGUGCAAUUCCUAGAAACGAAAUCCAUAGUCCUGAAACCAACGCCACUGUUAAGAAAUUAUUCAUAGCCGGUAUUAAAGAUGACGUCACGGAAGACCAAUUGAAAGAUUAUUUCUCCGAGUACGGUACCGUUACCAACGUAACAAUAGUUAGCGAUAAAGCCACCGGUAAAAAACGAGGAUUCGGUUUUGUCGAAUUCGACGAUUACGAUCCAGUCGAUAAAGCUUGUCUGCAAGCCUCGCAUUCGCUGAACGGUAAACGCGUCGACGUUAAGAAAGCCAUCGGCCGAAGUGAUACCGGCGGUAAAGGUGGACCUGGAGGCGGCGGCGGUGGUGGUGCCGGCGGUGGCGGAGGAGCUGGAAGAAGAGACGCCUGGGGAGGCGGCGGCGGUGGCGGUGGUGGACCGCGAGGAGGUGGCGGUGGAUCGUGGGGCGGCGGCGGCGGCCCUGGUGGCGGAAGCGGCGGAUAUGGAGGAGGAGCCGCUUGGAAUAACGGCGGUCCCGACAAUUGGGGAAGCAACGACCGCUGGGGCGGUGGUGGCGGCGGAGGCGGCGGCGGCGGUAACGCUGGCGGCGGUUUCGGUAGCGGAUACGAAGAUAGUUUCGGCGGCGGCCCGAUGAGAGGAGGCGGUGGCGGCGGAGGCCCCGGAGCCGGUGGUCCUCGGUCAGCUCCUUACAACGCCGGUGGUAACACUCGUGGCGGUGGCGGCGGCGGCGGAUUCAGAAGUGGCGGUAGAGGAGGCGGCGGUGGCGGAGGAGGAGGCGGCGGCGGCGGUGGCGGCGGCGGUUUCCGACGAUUCUAAGUUACUAUCGACGCGCCUUCUUCUGACUGUGGAUUCUCCUCUUCGAAGUUCAGUGUUGCAAUUUUUGUGUAGAGAGAAAAAAUCGAAUAGGGUGUAUAGUGUCUAUGCAUUGGAUAUACUGUAAGCGCCACACACCACACACACAGGGGUCGAUUCAUUGCUGUGGUGAAGCUAUGUGUACUCUAGGAGCUCUACUAGGUGUCCGCCUAUAUCUAAGAGAGUAAGCCACAGUCAGGGAGACAAUACAUAUUUCGAUUGACACACUAUUAUAAUUAUUGUGUUUUUUUUCUGUUUUCUUUUAUUUUUUUUUCUUUGGUCUUUUUCCAUUUUAUUUUCAUGUGUCUUAGCAUUAGCCUUUUUUUUUCCUUUUUUUUUGAUUUUUUAAUUCUUAAUUUUUUCUACAUUUAAUAUUUUAAAAAUAACUCGUUAGUUGACCACUGUGUAUUUUUCUUAUAAUGAGAUAAUGUGUACAUUUUAUUAGUUAGGUUUUUUCCUUCGAUGUUAUUAAACGUGUAGCUACGUAAUCUUUUUUUGAAAUUAUUGCAUACUAUUACUACUGUACCUACGUAUUAAUUUUUAAAAGAAAGAAAGAAAUUCUGGAAAUUUUUUUAAACAAAAAAAAAAAAGUAUUGUAUGUGAAUGUGUUGGUAUAGUCUGCGAGGUUAAGCUUUGCCGAUAUGUUUUUUGUUUCCUUUUUAAAUAAUUAAUUGUCCUGUUAAGAUGAUCAUGAUGAUGGUGAUGAUUACUAAUGAUGAUGACGAUGAAAAAAGAAAACCCGUUUUUUUAAAGGCACCGCGUUAGGUAGUUAUUAUUUUUUAAAGAAAAGAAUUGUGUAUACGUUUCUUCAUUAAAGAAAUUUCUGUGUACGA